CAUCCAGCAGGGAUCACGGAAGGGGGGUGCAUGGCCUGUUAUCUCGCGGCUGCCCGUUCAUCCCAUCUGAGCAGUCACCAACAACUCGCUUGCUGACGGUGAUUCCCACCAAGUGCAACCCCCCAUCCAUCUUUUAUCGAUUUCCCCAGGGCCUAAUGUGCCAAUGCAGUGUGCUCUGCCGCUCUGGGGUCUACGUAGAUGCGGCGUACGUGUGACUGCCUUCCCCUUUCCGCGGAUUCCCUCCACUCCCUUCCCUCCAGGCUGACAGGUCACAGGCUGAGGAAUGACAUCCCAAGACCAUGGACGGGUCUCUUUCCGUAGCGGCACCUUGGCAGCGCCAGCCCUGUCAUCCGUUGGGUUCUUGGCUUCGACCGUUGCUGGCAUUAUAAGGGAAAUGGCAGCCGCGCUCGCAUGCGCGUCUUACGGGGUUGACAAUCAGUCCGAUUCCUUUCUUGGGUUCUUCGCCGCUUGACUUGACUGUUCCUCUCCGAACCUCCCCUUCUACCUCAACUCGCGUUCUACUCUACUUUCGUGGUGCUCUCUCACGGUUUUGUAACAUCGCAAGUCUUCUUCUGAUCCGUUCUUCAACCCGUCCCUGAACAGUCCGGAGAGCGUUCCACUAGGCGGAAGAGAAAUGCGGUUUCCCGCCAGCUGCAACCGCCACCACUAGUCGGAGCAUUGAGAUCGCGCGCCGUACCUUAUUGGGUGGUUCCUUUUUGUCCCUCCUAGCCCCCAAUGAUUCGCAGCAUUCAAAGGCUAGCUUCCUCUGCUGGGAGCUCGCCCUUCUUUCUCCGGACCAUACCGCGGGUUUCCCUCUUGAUACUGCUUCUCUCAGUCGUCUACCAGUAUUUCGUAUUCGGCCAACAUGAUCCCUACAAGUGCAACGCUUUGCUCUCCAACGGCACCUGGCGCUCGCGCCCCGGCUCAAACUUGCCGAGAGACGUCUUUUCGAAAUGGGAACCCGACAAUUGCAGAAUGCGCGAGAUGUCCCGCGAGGAUGUCUCGGAUUGCUUCGCAGGUCGUCACCUGGUUAUCAUUGGAGACUCAACUAUGCGCCAGCUCUACUUUGCUGCCAUGACUCGACUUGACCAUCACGUCGCCGAGAAAGCCAUUCUUGACUUCGCUGUAUCGGACGACAAACAUCAAAACCUCACGACGGAUGUCGAAGGCGUCAAUUUGGAGUUUAUCUGGGACCCUUGGCUCAACUCCACGAGUCUCCACGGCCAAUUGGCUCGAUUUCGGGACCGUCCCGGAUCCGCCGAUUAUGAGAAACUUGUUCGACAAGAAGGAAGAGGGUCACCAGCGCUCAUCGUUCUCGGCACUCCAGGUCUAUGGGCGGCGCGUCAGGGCGGUGACCGGUACUUGGAGCUCUUCAGGGAAGGCAUCAACGUCCUUAUGCCGUACCUGCACAAAAGUAUCGACGAAUUGAUGGUGUACCCCCAGAGCAACUCACAGUCAGCCUUUGCAGAGCUUUCUAACCAUGUCCUCAUGGCACCCGUGCCUGUUCCAGCCUACGAUAUGCUUACCACAUCCCGCGCCCGAGCCAUCACUCCUAAGAGGAUUGACGCCAUGAAUUGGAACCUGGAUCACCUGGAGCUGAACGAACAAUCACACAUCGCAUGGGCCUACAAUAGCAUGACUGAGGGACAUGACGACGCUAUGCUUGAGGACGGUAUACAUUCGGUCGACAUCGUGGCAGAGAGAAAACUAGAUGUCGUCCUCAAUGCCCACUGCAAUGCCGGUCUGAUUAGACGAGGAUACGCAAACCAGGUCACCUGCUGUGCACCGUACUCCCCUCUUCGUCGGAUUCAGCUUUUGCUACUUGGCCUCAAUGUAUUGACAAUGCCAAUCCUGUUUUUGAGUCGGCAGCAGGAUGCUUUUCCGUCUGCCCGAACGUCCCGCUUCAUGGAUACUCUUUUGGCGUUGGCUACCAUACUGAUCGUUGCGGUAUACUGCCUUAUCGCCGACCGGACUCACAUCUUCGCGAAACAGGACAAGUACUUUGACAUACCCGACUUUAUGUCACCUUUGGUUGGCUUAGCUAUUUUCGCAGCUCUGUCAAUUCGUUUCAAAGCACCUGUCUUGUCGUCGGCGAAAGGACUCACUACGACGUCCUUUCUGUCACGAGAGCAAACAGACGAGUGGAGAGGCUGGAUGCUGGUAUUCGUUCUACUGUAUAAGUACCACACCGCAUCCGAGUCCUUGGCGAUGUAUAAGGUACACAAGUUCCUUACGGCGACAUUCAUCUUUUUGUUCAGCUACGGUCACACGAUAUACUUCCUCCGCACCGAAGACUUUUCGUUACGCAGGGUCGCAUAUGUGUUAGGUCGGCUGAACCUGCUGACCUGCUUGAUCGCGUUCAUGGUAUCAAGCGAAUGGAUCAUCUACACUGCGCCACUAUUGACGUUUUGGUUCGCAGUCAUCUAUGCAACGCUGGCUUGCUUCAAGAAGUGGAACAGCAAUCCUGUUGCAUUCUUUGUAAAGGUUGUUGUGUUUGCUGUCUGCACUUCGUACUUGGUACAAAGCACCCGUACACCUGAGCGUUUUCUGUCAAUUCUCAAACGGGCUUGUGGGAUCUACUGGGACGUAAAUCCCCUGCGCGCCCACUUCGCCAUGGACCGCUUUAUACCUUACUUUGGCAUACUUACGGCGGCUGCGACGCACCGAGUCUCGGUUCUCAGGCGUCGCCAGCAUGGCAUCAACGCCGAAGCUUUCUUUGAAAAGAUCAACAACGCACUUGACCGCGGGUUGUUGGAAAUCACUUAUCCAGAACAAGACGCGAUUCCGGUGAAGCCGAUAAUGAUAAUUUUCGCCAUUGCGUAUCUCAUUGUUUUCAUCAUCCUUGCGUUCAUCGCCGAGGUAUACCACAAUAACCAGUCUUACGACACCUACCAUCCGUACACGAGCCCCUGGUUUGUGCUGUCGGCCAUAAUUACGAGAAACUCUUUCCGGAAGUUGCGAGACCUUCAAAUCCCGCCUGCGGCGGCUCUCGGAAGAAUGUCGCUUGAGGCCUACAUUUUGCACCAUCACAUAUGGCUUGCGAGUGAUGGAGCUGCGGUUUUGAGGAUUGGAAGCGGAGGCCGCCUACCGAGAGCAGCUGAAGUAACAAUCAUUGCUACUGUCUUCCUUUGGGCCUGCAACAGAUGCCAGAGUGCCACUGUCCGCAUCGUUAAGGGUUUGACGGGAGUAGAGGAGAGGGAGCAGGCCGAAGAAGUCUCGUUGGGUCGCAGCCUACCGGUUAAGGACGGUAAGAUAAGUCCUGUUCCAUGGCGUUCGGCGGCAGCCAUGGAAAAGGCGACAGAAAGAGGAAGAACGAAAGGCACCAUUGCGUCAAACAGCGCCUUGCGACUGAAGUUUGUGGGCUUCCUGGCUUUACUGUGGCUUGGUAAUAUGACUUAUGGUGUAUGAUGGGCAUUGUACGACAAUCCCGGGUUGGAACCGAAUGUUCCCUCUACCUGGAUUUCGCAAGGCAGACUUUCUGUAUUAAUGACUACACGAGGAAACGCUGCAGAGUUGCAGAUGAUACACUUACUUGUCGUCUAUCAGUGAGUCGCAUUGAAGUGGUAUGCUUUACUAAACAGUGACAGGGAUGAGGGGCUUGAGUUGCGUGUUUCGAGUCUGCUCCAUCUACCCACACAUGGAUCAAACUCCAGUGUGGUCUCUUGAAAACAAGCUUCGGCUCCCCGUCAGCCAAGCUGUCAUCGGCCCAAACGGAAAGCGUUUAUGCUUUGGCUUA